ACAGAAGAUUUCAACCAAGAAGUUUGAUGUUGAAAAGACCUUCUGGAAAACAGAGAAAAAACCUUUCCAAGAAAGAGUGGGCGAGAGAGAGAGUUUGACUAAUAAUAAUAAGAGUAGAAACAGAAACAGGAUGCCGACCCUGACGAAGCUGUACACGAUGCAAGAGGCAGCCCAACACAACACUCCUCAAGAUUGCUGGGUCGUUAUUGAUGGCAAGGUUUAUGAUGUCGGUUCAUACUUGGAUGAGCACCCUGGUGGAGAUGAUGUUAUCCUUGCUACAACUGGCAAAGAUGCAACGGAUGAAUUUGAAGAUGCAGGGCACAGCAAAAGCGCCAGAGAGCUAUUAGAAACCUUUUUCAUUGGUGAGCUUGACCUGUCUGCCACAGUUAUCCCAGAACUUGAAAUCUCCUCCAAGAAACAAGCAGAUUAUGCCCAGAAGCUCAAGGAUUUGACAAAGCAAUACUGGGCAGUUUCUGUAGCCAUUGCUGGUGUCUCAGUGGUUGGCUUCUUGUACUUACGCAAGAAGUAGAGGAGCUCAUCCUUUUUUAUCCUCUCUGCAGGGAACACAUUUUUUUUUUAUCAAAUUUUGAAUAAUUAGGGGAAUGAUGAUUGAGAAUAGCCCAUUGUUAUUUAUAAAAAAAUUGAAAGACUGGGAAGACUACACCGGGUCUUAGAUUGAAGCAUGAUUGGGGAGUGCCAUACGCCUAAUAUUAUUGAAAGAAAGGGGGGUAAAUGACGUAGUUUUUGCUGUUCUUUCUUUUAUUGGCACCUUGCUUCGUUUCUUUUUAAUUAUUGUUUACAUUUAAACAGGUUAAUUACAUAAUGCAUGAUUACUUGUUGCGCACUGCGCAGGCUUGGUUGCCUAUCAAGGUCCAAGGCUACUAGGAGCUCGGAGAGAAGUUGAAGGCCUUGAUGCAAGGAGGAUGAUUUUGUGUAUAGUGCAUCCUUAGUUGCUCUACAAAAGAGAUGAGCAUCAAUAUAUUUUUUGGUUUGAUGAUGGGGUAAUUAGACCUUUAAUUUCCCCCCUCUUGGAAGGAUGAACUGUUUCGUACUUAAGAUGUAUCAUAUUUGUACAUCUUUUUUCACAUUCAUGCUGGGACUCGUUUUGUCCAGUCACUAUGAUAUAGUUCCCACGGUUGCUCUA